UCUGAUCGGAUCACAAUGAAGGAGAGAAGGAUUCCUCAGCCGUCUGUGGUCAGAUGUAAACUGGUCCUAAUAGGAGAUGUUCACUGCGGGAAGACGGCGAUGUUACAAGUUCUGGCCAAGGAUUGUUACCCAGAGUGGUGCCAUCGAGACACGUGUGCUUGCGUUGGCUGCAGUGGUGUCAGUGAGCUGUGUUGCCCGCAGUUCCACUGUGUGUUGCACCUAUGUACCUACAGUGUUUGAAAACUACACAGCUAGCCUGGAGACAGAAGAACACCGUGUGGAGCUCAGCCUAUGGGACACAUCAGGUUCUCCAUAUUACGACAACGUCCGGCCCCUUUGCUACAGCGACUCUGAUGCAGUACUGCUCUGCUUUGACAUCAGCCGGCCAGAGAGCCUAGAUAGUGCUUUGAAGAAGUGGAAAACUGAGGUCAUGGAUUACUGUCCCAGCACUAGAAUACUUCUGAUUGGCUGCAAAACGGAUCUAAGAACUGACCUUAGCACAAUCAUGGAGCUGUCAAACCAGAAACAGGCACCUGUGUCCUAUGAACAGGGUUGUGCCACAGCCAAGCAAUUAGGAGCAGAGAGCUAUCUUGAGUGUUCAGCCUUCACGUCAGAAAAAAGCGUACACAGCAUAUUCCGUUCAGCGUCUUCAGUGUGUCUAUCUAAACCCUCUCCUCCGAACCGCAGAAGCCCUGUCCGGAGCUUAUCUAAGAGACUGUUAAACAUACCCAGCCGCUCUGAAAUUAUUUCUUCAACCUUCAAGAAAGAGAAGGCCAAAAGCUGUUGUCUUAUGUAAGGCUAUACGGCUGGCAUGACACGGACACUUGCAUUAGACUUUGGACAUUCCCCAGCGUUCUUUCUCAUCACUGGCAAAGAACGCCGGGCCCGGGGGUGAAGAUCCUGGGAGCAGUAGCCUCACCCCCCAACCCCCCCUCCCCCCUCCAGGGGAUGAGCUAGCACACAGAGGCUGGAGCAAGAAGGGCUGAAGAGAUUUGCACAAAGACUGAUUGCACAUGAAGGAAGGAGGAUAAACCAGUAUGGUAGUGGGAGUUCUACAGGCCACUAAAAUUGGGGAAACUAAACAGAAGCUGCUUUUAUUAGAAUUAUCCCUUCCCAUACCUUGGCUUCCUCCAUGGACUUGCCAGAAAAUUCUCAUUACAGUGUUAACCCUGUGGUACUUGUGCCUGUACAUUUAUUGUAUAGGUAGCAGAUGUUGGUGAAACUGCUGGUUAAAGUGGUUUUCUUCCCUGCGCUGUGAGAACUGUAUAAAUUAUUAUUUUUUAUUUUAAUCAAUCCUAAAUCUGUAUGUGCUUGAUCUGUGAUACUAAAUUUAUUUAUUGAAAAUAUAUGGGAGAA